CAACGCAAACGUACAAAUCAGAAAUGUUUUGUUUAUAAAGAUUCCACAUGUUUGAACCGGUCUGGUCUUACUGAAGAGAAGACCACCACCUACAAUAUUCUGUUAUCUCUAAACUAUUAUUUGCGAUUGUUUUUUCUUGUUUUGUCCUGACAUGCUACGGCUUAAGAGUCUCAUUCGAAUAGAUAUCGAAUUGUCAUUUUAAAAAAAAAAUUAAUUUGAUCUUCGAUUUGAUUCCCAUUGACUUUCAAAAAAUCCUAUACUUCCCUUGCUCUUUUCAUGUUAGCUCCCUCCUCUUUUGUCCUUAAGAGACUAUCAUCUAUAACUCGUAUCUCUCAUAGGCCUCUCUUUCUUUUAUCAUAGGUUGCCGGAGAUUUCUAAUAAUCUCAGCAGCUUAAUGUCGACCAAACUAGUAAGUAUAUCCCUUGGCCUUAUUUUGUUCAUUGUCUCACCACUUUCCGGGGACUGUAGACCUCUUUCAGAGAAACAUGAGUAUAACUCUUCAUCCCUUGACGGGUUUAAUUCCCAAGAUCUGAUGCGUUUCAGUUCUGUUUCUUCUUCCACAAGCAACGAUUGCGGUUUCUCCUCCAUGGAACAUGAACCUGCCAAGGAUCAUACAGGAGAUUUGGUGAAGCUUCAACUAAAACGCAGGGAGAUUAAUCAAGAAACAAAGGGAACAAGACAUUCAGUUGUUGAUCUUAAAAUCCAAGACCUCACAAGAAUUCAGACGCUUCACGCCCGGGUUAAGAAAUCGAAAUAUGAGAAGGUUAAGAAGAAGAUUACCUCGGAUAUUUCUUUGGUGGGAGCUCCAGAGGCUUCUUCAACAGGGAAGCUGGUAGCAACUCUUCAGUCUGGUAUGAUACACGGUUCUGGCGAAUAUUUCAUGGAUGUGCUUGUGGGCACACCACCAAAACACUUUUCAUUGAUUCUUGACACCGGGAGUGAUUUAAACUGGCUCCAAUGCUUGCCUUGCCACGACUGUUUCCAUCAAAACGGUGCAUUUUAUGACCCGAAAACAUCCACUUCGUUCAAGAACAUAACAUGCAAUGACCCUAGAUGCAGCCUCAUCUCAUCACCCGAUCCUCCAGUACAGUGUGAAUCAGAUAACCAAUCAUGCCCUUAUUUCUACUGGUAUGGAGACAGGUCAAACACAACCGGAGAUUUCGCGGUUGAGACCUUUACCGUUAAUCUCACGACCACCGAGGGAGAAAGCUCAGAGUACAAGGUGGAAAACAUGAUGUUUGGGUGUGGCCAUUGGAACCGAGGUCUCUUCAAUGGUGCUUCAGGUCUGCUUGGAUUAGGAAGAGGACCUCUUUCGUUUUCUUCUCAACUUCAUUCUCUCUACGGUCAUUCCUUUUCCUACUGUCUUGUCGAUAGAAACAGCGACACCAAUGUAAGCAGCAAGUUGAUCUUUGGAGAAGACAAGGAUUUGCUGAACCACCCGAAUCUGAAUUUCACUUCUUUUGUGAACGGGAAGGAAAACUCUAUGGAGUCAUUUUACUAUAUACAGAUCAAAUCCAUUCUAGUUGACGGCGAAGCUCUUGAUGACAUACCUGAAGAAACAUGGAACAUCUCAUCAGAUGGUGGUGGUGGAACCAUCAUUGAUUCGGGUACAACCUUAAGCUAUUUCGCUGAACCAGCAUAUGAGAUCAUCAAAAACAAGUUUGCAGAGAAGAUAAAAGACAAGUACCCGGUGUUUGGAGAUUUCCAUAUCCUUGAUCCUUGUUUCAAUGUGUCUGGCGUAGAGGAGAACAUCAACCUGCCUGAGCUCGGGAUAAUUUUCGCAGAUGGAGCAGUUUGGACGUUCCCCGUUGAGAACACCUUCAUCAGGUUGAGUGAGGAUAUUGUUUGUUUGGCAAUUCUAGGAACUCCCAAAUCAUCCUUUUCCAUCAUUGGAAACUACCAGCAACAAAAUUUCCAUAUACUCUAUGAUACAAAGAGGUCUAGACUAGGGUACGCACCCACAAAGUGUGCUGAUAUAUAAACCGUUAAUAGAUUUAU